UUCAUGACGUCAUUCUCCCCUAGAAACGAAGCAAAUAUGUCGAGCAGAGGUUCGUCCCGUUCUGUCCACGAAGAUCUCAGGGACGAAAGAAUCCCUAGUUGUCAGCAGUGGACAUGUGAACAAGUUGGAAAGUGGAUAGAGGAAUUAGGAUUUCCACAGUAUAAAGAUUGUUUUGUGUCAAAUUUAAUUGACGGUAAGAAACUCAUACUGAUAUCUGCAUCAGCAUUGCCAAAGAUUGGAAUUACAGAUUUUGAACACAUUAAAUUUAUAUCAGGAAGUAUUCGACAAUUAUUAACCAUAGAACAUCCAAACUGGAGUAGAAGCAUAUCCCUCCCUCCAAGAGAAACUUUAGGCAUGUACUUGGAAAGAAAAAGCAAGACAGGUGAAAAAGCAGAUGAACUAACUUACAAGAGAUUUCUGAUGAACUUUGAGGAUUAUAAGUGGCAACCUCCUCUUUCAAACCAUUGCCUUAUUCUUCCACACAGCUGAAUGGAAGACUGUAUGAAGCUAUAUGAAUGUAAAACUAUGUGAAGCUAACAAAAAGCCAAACAAUAUGUACUACUACCAGUCAGAGUAAGCAACAGAAUGACAGCAAAACCAAAAGCAUACUUUCAAUAACAUGGGCAUGAAAAUGCAUGCAUCAGAGUGAAAAGUUGCUUACUUGUGGCUUGAGAGGUGUAACAUUUUGAAAAUGUAAAAUCACGUUGAUAACAGAAGAGGGCACUUAAACAUCCUAGCCAACUAAAGAAAAACUUCCAUAUAUAUAAAAUAUGCCUUACGAAGUGGAUAUAUUUCAAUGUAAAAAGGUUGAACACUAAGCUUACAUUUCACACAAUGUUGUGGAAAUUCAUACAUAUCUCAUUAAAUAUCUUCACUAGUCAGUGCCAUUGAUUAAUUUUUUUUGCAUGUCUGUGCGCAGCAUACAGUUUACCAAAAAGAGAUUGUACUUAAUGUCAAAAACAGUUAUAUUCACUUAGCAACUGUAUUAUAAAGUAAGUGAAUAAAGUAAAAAUGAACAAA